UCCAUUUCGAAAACUCAGUACGAGCGCGACUGAGAAAGAAAGCGGUUGAGCAGCAGUUGCCUAUCAAUUGUCUAUUGCACUGUUUAUUUUCAGUUUAAUACAAUAAUAACAAGUUUAUAGUAUACAUGGAAAAACGUGGCGCUUAUCCGCCUGUCCAGCCGGCUGGACAGCCAACUUAUGGCGCAACGGAGCAAACAGUACACGUCGUUACAGUGGCUGCCCCAUCGAAUUCUGCGCAAAAUUUUACACCCGCUGUUGUUCAUGUUGAAGCCUCUGUCCCACCAACUGUGUAUGCCUACAACCCGCAACAGCCGCUACAAAGUAUACCGCCUGCGGAGGGUUGGUUCGAACGCAACCGAGCCAAUAAGCCGCAAACGAACUCAGCUGGAGCAGCUAUGCUCGUUUUGGUUUCGGGCGGCAUGAACAUCGCUUGGAGCUGUGGAUUUACCAAUGUGCAGGGCUUCACAGAGGAUACGCAUAUUAUGAUAUGCUGGUACAUCGCUGCGAUUAUUGGAGCUUUAGUCUCAGCAUUCAUCACUAACCGCGUAUCAAAGAGGCUCAUUUAUCUAUUUUCGUCCUUUUUGGUUCUGAUCGGAGGCAUAUUCUUCGUAGCAUUGGCUCAUGAAUACGGGGCCAUUGCCGUCGGCCGCUACUUGAAUGGCUUCGCUGUAGGGCUCAUGUUCGUGCCAAUGAUAGUGUUGAUCGGCGAAGAGGUGAUCAGUAGUAGGCGCGGCAUGGCCGCCGCAAUUUUGGAGGCAGGCAGCGUUACUCUCGGAAUUUACCUGCAAAUUGUAUUUACGGCUGCCUAUGCUCAUAAAACAACUUCAUUCGACAACUCAUUUGGAACCACACAACUGCAUGGGAUCGUCGUUAUCGUUUAUGCCGUUUUAGCGUUUGUUAUGUCUUACUUCUUGGUGGUCGAAUCCCCCGUUCAGCAUUUGAUGGAAAAUAACGAGCUGGAGGCCAUCAAUUGCCUACGACGUCUCCAGCGUCCAUUCGUGGUAACGCAGGAGACAUAUCAGCGUUUGGAGGAACAUAAACGCUAUAUUCAAGCCAACGAUCCGAACGGCGACAAAGGUAUACCGGCACUAGUAAAACUUUGCUUAAUUCGCGGGUUGGUUGCACUCUCAUUCUCGCCAGUCAUUUCUGGAGCACUUUUGGUGGCGUCCGUGGGUUAUACAGAAAAUUUCGUUACGUGGCCUUGGAUACUAUUUGGAUUGUUUUUGUGGCUGGGCACCUAUAUUGCAGCCUUCGCUUUGGACUCGGUUGGACGCAAGGUAGUCCUGCUUAUCGGCGCCCUUCUCUGCGGUAUCUUGGCGAUCGCCAUCGGCGCCAUUUGCAAUGACUUAAUCAACAUCUUCUCUCAGUCGAAAAUGGGAUCUGUGCUAUUUAUGCUCUUCGUGCUCGGACUGUUUGCAAGCUUCUUCAGCAGUUCGUCUUCAGCAUAUUUGACUGAAGCAUUUCCGCUGCGCAUGAAGCCCUAUUACAUUGCUCUGUCCUUCAUUGUGGAGAUGUUCGUUUUACUCAUUAUCGGUGUAUGCAAGGCGGAUCAAAACACUUUCGGCGCCUACUUCAUUACAUUUGGUGUAUUUUAUUUGGUAUUCUUUAUUAUAGGCUUUUUCUGUUUGCCCGAGACUAAGCAGGAUUCACUGCAAGAAGCUCAAAGAAAAUUCAGAAAUUUUUUAAUACGCUACGCGAGUAGUUCGAAGUUCUUUUCGACAUCAAGCUGCAAAUUAGAAAUCAGCCCUGACGAGUUAGACGCGAUGCCUCUGCUGCCUACCAUCGAGGAUGAGGGCAAACAAACGUGGCUGCGUACGCUUUACCGCUAUCGCUUGCAAUUCCAGGCAAUGGCUUCAGCGUCUGCUAUUUUCUUCGCUGGAGGCUUGAAGUUGGCUUGGUGUGUAUUCGAGAAGCCUGUAAGCGAUUCGCAAGCGCUUAUAGCGACCCAUCUACUGACGAUCGCAUGGUUUGUGGGCGUUGCUGCAGGAGCAAUCAUGGCGGGGGCAUUCGUGCAACGCGUUAGCAAGAAUAUAUCACAAUGCACCAGCGGCACGCUUGUCCUGCUUGGCGGCCUACUUUUCGUCUGCGCGCCCACCUCGUUUGCCUUCGUUCUGAGCAGUUGCCUAUUGGAAGGCUGCGCUUAUGGCAUCAAUCAAGUACAGGGCCUCGUGACAGCCGGGGAGGUGGCGCACAAAGACAUUCGCGGUUUGUUGGUUUCCAGCGAGCGCGUCUUUCUUUGGCUGGGCAUCUGUCUGCAGCUGCUUUGCACGCGAUUGUGGUUCUUGUACGAGCCGGCAGAGGGCUAUUCGCUGCACGUCAAUCAAUUACACGGCUCUGUGGUGAUCUUGGUGGCACUGUGUGCGCUCGCGUGCAACACCCUCUACCGCUUCGAGUCGCCGCUGCUGCUGCAGAUGCAAGAGCGCGACUUAGCAGCCACAUAUGUGAUGAAACGGCUGCAAGCGGCCAACUAUCCUAGCAUUGAGUUGACACACAGGCAUGAGGAAUGCAAACAGAUGCUGGGGCACGAUGCGGGCCAGACAUGGAUGGCGGUGCGCAGGAGCAACACACCUCCGCUGCUCAAGGUGCUCGUGCUGCGCUGUUACGGAGCAAUUGCGCUGUCGCUCCCCGUCAGUCGCACUUUCGUCACUGCAAGCAUGACGGGCCUGAAUUGUACCAUCAACUGUGUUUAUCUCUUGUCGCUUUGCGGUGUGCUCGGCAGCAUUUUGGGCGCUUUGUGCGUGGACAAAUAUGGGCGGCGAAGGAUCGCCGUUAUUUGCCUACUCCUCUCUGGAACUUGCGCAUUUCUCAUGGGCGGUGUACUGCAGUAUAUCUACGAGCAAAUUUCGUUGGUUUUACUGACCCACCUGACGUUCGAGUUGGUCGUCUACCUAAUGUGGUGCUACCAGAUUUUCAUAUGCGCCGGCGUUUCGAUGGUCUCCAGUGUUUACAUGUCAGAAGCGUUUACCGUUUCUGUGAAGGCAUGCUGCUUGUCUGUGGUGGUGGUGUGCGAACAAUUUCUCCAAAUAGCGCUGGCUCUGCUGGUAUUCUACGUGGACUUCAACGAACCGCAGUUCUUCUUCAUCAUAGGGGUAUUGGGCAUGCUCAUGGGCAUAAUGGUCUUAUUCAUUCUGCCUGAAACCAUGAAAAUGUCGCUUUACGAAAGUCUUUUAAAGUUCAACAACGUUCCUUAAUAGAUUUAAGUUAUUCUUAUCAAUAAAAUCGAAUUUAUCCUAGUCAGGUAUCUACGAGUAGGUGUGUAAUAUAUUCAUAAUAGUCAUAAUAUAAAAUAAGAAUUUCUUGUGCUUAUUCAAUAACUAGAAAUACAUACAUAUAUUGCAAACAAAUUCUAUUCUUGAAAUAAAAACCAGAGCUAAAAACAGA